AUGGGGUUCCCGGCGCCGGUGUUCUCAGAGUGCGAGGUGCCCAGGUUGCUGCUCAACCUCAUAUUCCUGCUCGCCCGCCUCCGCCGCCUCUCCUCCUGGCCGCUCCGCCUCGUCAGCGCCGGCGUCGACGACGACCUCAGCUUUGACAACUCCACUGCCUCCGGCAUCACCGACCACCACCGCCAUCACCAGGAGCAGUACGAUGAUUCUGAAGACCGCUGCCUCGAGGAGCUGGAGAAGCAUUCCCUGGCCAUGCGCUUCGACGCGCUCUCCGGUGCCGGAGUCGAAGCUAUGCUGCUGCUGGAGAGCUGCGCGGUGUGCCUCGGCGACUUCCAUGGCGCCACGCGCGUGCGCCGGCACGUCUUCCACCGUGCCUGCCUCGAUCACUGGGCCGCGCACGGGCGCCGCACCUGCCCGCUCAGCCGGGCGCCGCUCCUCCCGUGCUUCCUCCUGCCGCUGCCACUCCUCCUGGCACGUCGUUACCUUGAUGAAGGCAUCAUCAAGCAACUAUGGUCAACCUGCUCGUGCGCUCCAGGAGAAAUCCUAGGAUCACCGGAUCGGGCGAUGGCGGCGCUGUGGUGUCGUGUUCCCUCUUGGGGGCAUCAUUUGUGGAGCGGCGCCGGAUGGAACAGGCGUGAGGUGGUGUGGCGUGCAUUCUCUCGCGUCGACGAUGGCGGGUCUCGGCGGCAUGGAGCAGCAGGGUCUCGGCGCUGGACAUGGCAUGAUGGCCUCGCACAGGGUGGUGGCGCUGUUUGA